AUGACCCCCGCGAGCAAUGUCAAAGCAGAGCGAUACAAAUUUCUCCUUUACGAAGAGGGCGCCUUUUUCCUCCCGCAUCAGGACUCGCCCAAAUCAGACCGGAUGUUUGGCACUCUUGUCAUCUGUUUGCCUUCAAAGCAUGAAGGCGGCGAACUCAUUGUCACUCAUCAUGAUAAGACGCGCGUGAUCCGAACAUCGACGACAUCCGCUUAUGGGACAUCCUUUGCAGCAUGGUAUGCCGACGUGACCCACGAAAUCAAACCCGUGAAGUUGGGGCAUAGGGCGGUGAUAACCUACAACUUGAUAGACACCGGUGCGGGCAGUGUCCCCGUCGCUCCCGUCGCCGGACAACCGGAACCGGGACUUGAAAACGCCUUUAAGCUAUGGAGAUCAUCCAUUGACUCGGCAAAUGCUGUGCAAAACAAUCAUAAUGACCCUCCUAAAUUCUUGCUAUACCAGCUUUCUUAUCAAUAUCCAUCCAUCUCCUUCGAUGUCAACAGCCUAAAAGGCGAGGAUAAGCAACAAAUACGUCGACUCGAGGCUGUUGGUGGGAAAUUGGGGUUUCAAAUACUCCUAGGGUUUGUCAAGAGAGUCGUGUAUGGAGAAUGUGAAGACGAGUAUCGCGGCGACCGUUAUGCCCGGGUCCGGAGCUCCCGCUACCAUGCUAUUGUGGACCCAAUUGGAGACUCUGCAAAGCUUGAAAAAGCAGUGGACUUGACUGGGGAAACAGUUCUCGAUGACUUGAAGAUCAAAGCCCCAAAUUUUAUCUUUGACGGAGCCCUAGGGGUACCCCAGAUCAUGAGGACUACAGCGGGUUCACCGGGAAUGAAGGGGUGUCUGCAACACACUCCUAUAAGAGAGCGGUGGGCAUAUCUGCUUGAUUUUCAAGAUGACUACCAAACUGACACUGCUACUUUCCAGGUCGCGAUGAUCUUGCCGCACGAUUUCAUUAUCGCCUUGAAAUGUAAAAGUCUAGGUAGCUCAGGCGUCUCGAAUUGGCUUGAUCAGCUUUUGCCUUCCCUCUCCGAUCCUGACUAUGUCCAGUCACGAAACGAGUUCAAUGGUAUUGUCAAAUUCUUUUAUGAUCGAAGUGCUCGCCGCGCCAAAAAGCCUCCUACGAGGUUUGCAUCGCCCACCUCGGAUGCGGACGAUGAGGUCCUCAGCAAAAUUACGCAGGGCUUUUCCGUCAUUGGCGAUAUGGAAGCUUGCGAGAAAGCCAUUACAGGGCUUCAGAUGAAGCCCGCACCGGAAUUGUUUCCUUGCAUAGUCAAACUAUUCAAGGCCAAGGACAUUCAAGAGGCAAUAGUCCUAUUGGAUACUCUUGCCGGACGAUCCAGCAGUAUAGGAGAAUCGUUCGACGUUACGUUCGAACUCGCCAAAUUCUGUCGGGAAAAGCUUGGUACUUCUGAUGACCAGGUACGAAAGCGGAUAACCGAAUGGGAAACAUCUCGCAUCAAAAGUAUACUCAGGCAGCCUCAAACCAGCUAUUGCUCUCAAGACGGCCUUGCCCUUGCACGGCUCGCGCAGCGCUACCCAGAAGCUGACACUCAACGGCUAAUAAAACGUGUGGCUCUGAAAAUGGCCGGCAAAAAUGACUUCAUUUUCCCAUUUCUGGACCAUCUCUGCACAUCCUGGGCGGCUGAUCCUGAACAACAAUGGAUAUCGAUCCUCUGUCAAACGGUGUUAGAGUGGAAAAUCCGCAAUCUGAAGCUUGGGGAUGUGGCUCCGUAUUCUCUCGAAUCCACGUCGUCCGAAAGCGAUGCCGACGGCUUGAGCGGUGAACAUGUAUGCUCGAUCAUCAAACAAUGCCACCUGCUGAACCUGAACCUCCCUGUUAAAGAACUCCUCCGUGGAAUCAGAAAAAUUUCUGCCAAUUCUAUAGAAGAUGAAAACUUUGCGACGCAAUUCGCGUUUCCAUUUUUCAAAGAAGUACUGCAGGACCUUAAUGCCUGUGGCCUCGAGGAAACCGGAGAGUGUUUGACAUUAGUCGGGGCUAUCAUCGAAGACUACGUGAGACACAAUGUCGGAGCAUGCCCUCCCAUAGAACCUUUUGAGCCUCCACGGCGGGCCGGUUGCAUUUGCUAUGACUGCCGUGAAUUUAAUCGGUUCCUACUAAGCACCGAAACAUCCCAGGUGUUCCAUACAGGCUCGACGAAAAAACACCUGGAGAAAUUAUUCGCUAAGAACGAGCUUUGCUUGAUAACGGAGCGCGUCGACAGAUACCGGACGCGGGUUACCAAAGACUUCCCGCCUCAUGUACUUUGGGAAGAAAUUGCUAAAAACGCAAAUCAACUUAUUCAAUCAAUCGGAACGCCCGCGCAGGUGCGGGCUGUCUUGGGCGCGGAGUGCUUCCGGGCGCUUGUUGACUUGAGAAUAUUGGAGUCAACUUGGACCUUCACCGAUAAGCGUGGUACGAAACGGCCUGCCUCUCAAUAUAUCAAGGCUGAAAGAAGACCCAACAAGAUUAUUGUCAUUGAUUAG